AUGCCCCAUUCAGUCACACCAGAAGCCAUACCUGCUGUGGAGCAACUCAUCGCCAAGUCGGAACCAGGCACACAAGACAUGGCAAUGGACGACGCACCGAGUGCAGAAGUCGAAGAUAAGGCGAAAGUGAACCUGGAAGAUCUUUUCGACGAUGAGGACUCUGACGAAGAGUUCGCUUCUAGUGCGCCAGUCAAGUCAGAAGAGGAUGCCUCACAGCCUGCAGCAACUUUCAAGAUCUCAGACAAAUCGCAGUACUCAGAUCCAGAUGUGAUGCGCGCCUUCUACCAGCGCCUCUUCCCCUUCCGCUUCUUCUUCCAGUGGCUGAACCACUCUGCUGUACCCUCUAACGACUUUGCGCACCGCGAAUUCGCUUUCACACUGUCCAACGAUGCCCUUCAACGAUACCAGUCAUUCCCUACGGCCGAUCUGCUUCGCAAGCGGUGCAUCGCAGACACCCCACCGCGUAUCGAUAUCGGGCCUGUGUACUCAACGAAUCCUCGCGAUCGCAAAACCCUACGAAAAGCCAGUGCGUUCCGCCCAAUAUCACGAGAGCUCGUAUUCGAUAUCGAUAUGGACGCCUACGACGACAUUCGAACAUGCUGCACAGGCGCGAACAUAUGCCAGAAGUGCUGGGCGUUCAUCACAAUGUCUAUCAAAGUUGUGGACGUAGCGUUGCGCGACGACUUCGGGUUUAAACACGUUAUGUGGGUAUACUCCGGUCGAAGAGGAGCCCACGCCUGGGUCUGCGAUAAGCGCGCAAGAGAAAUGGACGACUCAAAACGACGCGCGGUGUACGGCUACCUGGAACUGCUCAAGGGAGGUGACCAAGGCGGAAAGAAGGUCAAUGUCUGGCGGCCACUGCACCCACACCUUGAACGGAGUCUUAGUAUCCUUAAAGAGCACUUCCAAACGACUAUUCUUGCAGAGCAAGAUCCGUGGGCUGAACAAAACUCUGCUCAUCUACUCAACUUGAUCCCUGACACAAAGCUCCGAGAGGCGUUGCAGAAGAAAUGGGAUUCCUCACCAGGGCGACCUAGCGCUUCGAAAUGGGCCGAUAUCGAUAGCGUCGCGAAGUCCGGUGCGCUAUCCAAAUCCUCUAAGGAACUUCUAGAAGCAAAGCAGGACAUCGUGCUGGAGUACACCUAUCCACGUCUAGACGCUGAUGUUGGCAAGAAGCUCAACCAUUUGCUCAAGUCGCCAUUCGUUGUUCAUCCGGCCACAGGGCGGAUAUGUGUGCCGAUCGACCCAAGAAGAGUGGAGGAAUUUGACCCCCUCAGUGUCCCCAAAGUCACAGAGUUGCUGGUUGAGAUCGAUGAAUGGUCAGGGGAAGAUUCAGAGAAGAAGAUACAAGACUGGGAGAAGACCAGUCUAAAGCCGUACAUUGAAUACUUCAGAGUGUUCGUAGCGGGUUUGUUGAAGGAGGAGAAGGAGAAAGGCGGGAUCAAGAGGGAGCGGGAUGAGAAUGGCGAUGUUAUGGAAUUCUGA